GCAGAUAUCUGUGGGACACAGGGACCAUGGGGUUUAGCUUCUACCAUCAGGAGGCAGGACACUAGAAGAAGAUCUGACUCCGCCCACUUAAGAUAUACCCCCUACUCACCGCAGGGGAACUGUUUUUCUAGUGUCCUCAAGGAGACAGGAUGUUAAUCCAGUCAGGAUUAUUCUGCGGCCAGACCUUGUGUUUGGCACCAGGGGUUGUCCUCGAGUUCUCUGCUUAAGAGAAUCUCCUUUUAGGCUUCCCCCUUCGUGGGAUAUCUGCACUGGGGCUAAUAAGUCUCCUAUGGAGCGAGCCACACAGCAUUCAAUGGCGUCAUGCAACAUGAGCCGCAGCUGUCCAGAGCAGAAGACUGAAUGCGGACAUCCGGAGAUAUAGUGGAUGUCCAGGGUCUGUGAGUAUUGGCGUUUACGCUGGAGCAAUAAUUAAUGGCGUGUACUGGUGCCCUUGCCCCCCUCAACCUCUCCCCUGGUCGUCUAGCGUCUAAACCUGGGUUUACUUAACUUUCCGGAGUUGGCUGCAGUGAGUUCUGUUGGGCGCGUGGUGAAGUGCACACUAGGUUCGCGUUCUGUGAGACUGCGUUCCACUGCGGUUGGAAACAUCCUAGCAGUGGUGCGGGACUCGUUCCAUUGCUGUUAAGGCAAGCCGGUUCUACGCUGACACAGCAAGAGACAGGACAGGAGUUCUUUCACGGUCAGACACAGGGGCCAGGGGCUGGGAGAAGGUUCCGAGGGGGGCAGGCACAAGGGUCAGAGCUACCUCCAGAGUUUUUAAAGAAAAAAUAUAUAAAAAAUAUAUAAAAAUUAAAAAAAAAAAAAAACAAACAAAAAAACAUAACUAAAAAAAAAAAAACACAAUUUUUCUUCAUGGCGGAUAAAAAGUCUGAGGGACCGUUUGCUAGGACCAGUCAUGCUGCUUCUAAAGUUAGAUAUUUAGCAUGCUCCAAGUGCCGCAAACGCCUACCAGCCGGUCAUAAAGAGGCUUUAUGCAGUAGCUGUGCUCCGCCUUCUUCGGCUGAGUGUUCACUGAGGGCUCAGGAACUGCAGGAAACUGCUGUUACAGACAAUAGGGAGGAUAAUUCUCCUCCGCAUACACCAACGACAGCCAGUGCUCAAACUCACAUAGCCACUGACGUAGCCCCUCCUGCAUGGGCAACCCAGUUAUCUUCCGGCAUUCCUAAAUUAGCGGCAUGCUUAGAUAAACUUCUAGACAGACUGGAUCAAGGUGCAGUGGAACCUAAGACCCGUGCUCACAAAUGUGCAGUUCCUUCAACAUCUCUGGAACUCAGUGAGGAAGAAUCUAUAGCUAAUUCUCCUACAGCGGAUGAUUUUUCCCAAAGUGAAGAGGAAAUAUCAGAUGACCUAGAGGAUAAUGAGGAGCCGACUAGAUCCUCAGAAUCUAUAGACAAGUUAAUUUUGUCGGUAAUCAAGUGCUUGGAUCCCAAGGAAUCUGAGCUUUUGUCAGAUUCUUCCCAGUUAAUGUUUAAGCGUCAGAAAAAAUCUGUACCAAUUUUUCCUUCUCACCCACAACUAGACAACAUUAUUCAGUCCGAGUGGGAACAACCGGAGAAGAGAUUUCAGGCUAAUCGUCGUUUUCAAAGACUUUAUCCAUUUCCAAAAGAAAAUACUGACAAAUGGGGUUCUCCUCCAUCAAUAGAUGCUCCGGUUUCUGGACUAUCUAAGAAUACAGCUCUGCCGGUUCCAGAUGCAUCGUCCUUCAAGGACUCUAUGGACAAGAAGUUGGAAGGACUGUUGCGUGCCAUUUUUUCCUCCUCGGGAGAAUCCUUAAGGCCCAUUUUUGCAACAGCAUGGGUGAGCCGAGCUCUUCAAACUUGGAUAUCAUCUUUGAUGGAUGACAUUUUAUCGUUGGUACGACGUCUCACCAAGACUCCGAACACUUCUGCUCGGUUUGCCAUGAGAGUGCUGGGAUCCAUGGUGGCUACGAUAGAAGCGGUUCCCUUUGCGCAGUUCCAUCUCAGGGAACUACAAUGGAAUAUUUUAACACAGUGGAACCGAACAAAUCUGUCUCAGAGAAUAGUUCUACUUCCCAAGACCAAGGUGUCAUUGACAUGGUGGCUGAAUUGCAACAACCUGUCCAAAGGGAGGAACCUUGCAGACCCUCAAUGGCAGACCCUCACUACGGACGCCAGUCUAAAGGGCUGGGGGGCAGUGUUCGGCACACUCACAGCUCAAGGGAUUUGGUCAUCAGCAGAAACUCAACUGCCAAUAAACAUUCUAGAACUAAGAGCGGUGAGGAGGGCUCUCAGUUACUGGCAACAGAUAAUGAAGGGAAUAGCCAUCCGAGUUCAAUCGGACAAUGCGACAACGGUGGCUUACUUGAAUCACCAAGGAGGUACUCGCAGUCGACAAGCACUCCAGGAAGUAAGCCAAAUUCUGUCUUGGGCGGAAAAACACAAUGCGACUCUAUCCGCAAUAUACAUUCCGGGCCUCGAAAAUUGGGAAGCCGAUUAUCUGAGUCGACAGACAUUGGAUCCAGGAGAGUGGUCACUAAAGCAAGAAGUGUUCACCCUGAUCACAGAAAGAUGGGGAAUUCCGGAAAUAGAUCUUAUGGCAUCAAGAGUAAACAGGAAGGUACAACAAUUCAUGUCUCGUUGCCGUGAUCCUCUGGCCCUCGCAGUGGAUGCCAUGACGGCUCCAUGGGAAUUCCAACUAGGCUACGCAUUUCCCCCUCUUCCUCUGCUACCCAGGUUAAUUGGAAGAAUUCAAAGAGAAAAUCACACAGUGAUUCUAAUAGCACAACACUGGCCUCGACGAGCAUGGUUUUCCGAUCUGAUAAAUCUGACCAGAGAGGAUCCAUUGCCCUUACCGAAUCUACCAGAUCUACUAUCUCAAGGCCCCAUAGUACAUCCCAACUCGAAGAUGCUCAGUUUGACGGCAUGGCUAUUGAGACCCUAGUGCUUAAACG